AUGAGCGCUGCUUUGGGAUUCAGCGCGUCGGUGAGCGGCGCUCGCGUGGCAGUUAAGGCCGAAAAGAGAACCAUCAGCGCUCGCGCGCCGUUGCGAGUGGAGAACCGUGUGGCGCUCCGAUUCACCCGCAUGGGCCGCAAGAAGGAACCGUUCUACCGUCUCGUUGCCAUCGACUCUCGCUCCCGCCGCGACGGCUCACCGAUUGCGCAGCUGGGCUGGUACGAUCCGAUCAGAAAGGAGUCCUCUUUGGACGCCCCGGCGAUCAAGGAUUGGCUCAGCAAGGGUGCGCAGCCGUCAGAGACCGUGGGUGCUUUGCUGAAGAAGGCUCUCAUCAUGCAGUAA